UGGUUCUGCUGAAAGCCCAAAUGGUCUUCUUACAUUGGAGAAAUAGAACUUCUGUGGGCCUUGACUUUAUCCAGGUUCUAUAUCUAACUUCAGAUCACUAAUCUUGAAGGAAAACAACUUAGGAUUUUUCAGUAUUCUCAUUGUUAACCAAGAAAUAGGCAAUUUUUUUUGAAAAUGGAUAAGAAAAUAGUUGAGAAUCUUGGGUCUGAUGUUAGCAAGCACUUUAAGGAGCUGGCUCUGGAUCAACAGUACUUGAAGAGGUGCCUGGGAUCCUGCUUAGCUCAGGCACUUGCUGAGGUGGUUCGGCGUCGACCAUCGGAUCCGAUAGAAUUCCUGGCAUAUUGGCUUUAUGAUUAUAGGAGAAAGAUUAAUGAAAAAGAGGAGAAAAUGAUAGAGAAGCUUCAUCUGGAAGAGGAGAAAAAUCAAAAUGAAAUGGAACUGCAAAUAGCAGAACAACUGAAGGCAGAAGAAAUUGAGUUCGAGAUGAAACAUAAAGAAUUUCAAAGAAAAACAUCUAUAGAGACUUUCCCAACACCACGAAGUCAUGGAAUGUCAGAAAAGAUUGGAUCCUGGACAUUACCCACUCUAGAAGAAUUAGAUGAACCUUUACUAGUCCUUAGUAAAGAAAAUAUUACAAUGCAAAAAGAGUGGAUCCCUGAAGAACAUACUGACAGUGAUGCUCAACAGGACAACACCAAACAUGACAAAGCUGAACAUGACAAAACCGAACAUGACAAUACUACUACAGACACUACGAAUCUUUUCUGAGAUGCAACUAUCCAAGUCAAAAGCUGGAAUUUCCCUGCCCUUGAUCAAAAGGGGGUGGAUGGAUCCAGUGCCCCAAAUGGAAAAACAAGCCUCAACUUUGCAUCCUCCUAGUCAUCAAUAUAUCCUUAUUUUUAUGAUAGAAGUAAUAAAACAUAUUUUUUUGUGUUGAAAA